GCCCACAGCUGCCUGUACAUGAUCGCUCACGCACGUACACGCUCGCGAGGAACACACAGCACACACUUCUUGUCACUCAUCUCAAUCUAUAAACCAGCAUGGAAGAACUUGACAUGCUUUUAGAAGAGUUGGCCAACAACUCCUCACAAACUUCAACUGGUCCUGAAAUGAUUCCACCCAAAACACUCACGCCAGGAGCUUCAGUUAAAAGGGAUACACCUAAGCAUGAACCGACUGAUUCCUUUGGACCAACAACAAACUAUUUCAAUCAUACAUACAGUGUGCCUCCAACGCCCUCGGAGACAGGAGUGAUGAGUCCCACCACGGCCACACGAGAGUUAGACUCCAUCAUGAAUGAACUUUUGGGUUUAGAUCUUGGGCUUCCGGAACAAGCACCCACAUCAAACCCACCUCCAAUCGCUCGCAAGUUGAUAAAGGACAGAAAUCCAGCAGCAACUACACAAUGUGAUAGUGGAAAACCAGCAGAGGAAAAUGCAGAAGCUAAUAAAUCACAGCAUCCACCUCUGUCUGGAAAAAUAUCUAAGAGUGUGGAUGCCAUAGACGACUUGCUGGGCUCCCUUAGCUCAGACAUGGAGAAGAUGGGGGUCCACACUGCUGGAAAAGGCCACUGCGCUUCCUGUGGCAAGAUCAUCACAGGGAAGAUGAUCACAGCUCUGGGUCAGGUGUGGCACCCAGAACACUUUGUAUGUACGGAGUGCAGGGCAGAGGUUGGCACAUGUGGUUACUUCGAGAGAGAUGGCAAACCAUACUGUGAGACGGACUACCAAAGCCUCUUCGCUCCUCGCUGUGGCUACUGCAAGGGUCCUAUUAUUCAGAACAUUUUAACAGCAAUGGAUCAAACCUGGCACCCAGAACAUUUCUUCUGCUCCGACUGUGGAGAUCUAUUUGGACCUGAAGGGUUUAUGGAAAAAGAUGGUAAACCAUAUUGCCCCAGGGAUUUCUACCGCCUCUUUGCACCCAAAUGCUCUGGUUGUGGAGAACCAGUGAAGGAGAACUAUCUGUCUGCAGCCAAUGGAACCUGGCACCCCGACUGCUUUGUCUGUGCGGACUGUUUGAAGCCAUUUAAAGAUGGUUGUUUUCUCGAGAUGGAUGGUCGACCACUCUGUUCUCAGCACUAUCACUCUAGACAGGGGACUUUGUGUGGGACCUGUGGAGAACCCAUCACUGGCCGAUGCAUUGCAGCUCUCGACCGCAAGUUUCACCCUGAGCACUUUCUGUGUGCAUUUUGCCUUCGAAAGCUCAGUCAGGGUGUGUUUAAAGAGCAGGGAGGGAAGCCGUACUGUUCAGUAUGUCACACAAAACUCUUUCAAUAAAAGUCUGCAAGAAUUCUCUGAACAUAAAGAUUAAAAGUAAGUGUCAUUUGAAGUAUGUUGUACCUGCUUAAUUCAAAAUAAUAUUUUAAAAAUAAACUAUUUUAUGAUGUACAAA